AGGACGAAGAAGAAAAAGUAAAAGAGAGCGACACAAAAAAGAGUUCAAGACAUUAGAAAGAGAAAGGGAGUUUUGACGGAGAUGGGUAACAGUCUCAGGUGCUGCUUGGCCUGUGUUCUUCCCUGUGGAGCCCUAGAUGUGAUCCGUAUAGUCCACUUGAACGGCUACGUCGAAGAAAUCACCCGUCCGGUCACCGCCGGCGAGAUCCUCAAAGAAAACCCUAACCAUAUAUUGAGCAAGCCUUGCUCUCAAGGCGUGGUCCGCCGAAUUCUGAUUCUCUCGCCGGAAUCCGAGCUCAAGAGAGGCAGCAUCUACUUCUUGAUUCCGGCGUCGUCGUUGCCAGAGAAGAAGAGAGCUCACAAAAACCCCAGGAAGUCCUCCAGCAAGAGUAAGAACCUCAACGCCGACUGUGACCGAUAUUUGUCGGAAAUUACGUCGGAAAAGAAGUCGUCACGACGGCGGGAUCGCAGUGGGGGUCGGGUCGGAGUGUGGCGGCCUCAUCUAGAAAGCAUUUCAGAAGACUAAUUAUUUUUUCCGGUGCCGGAAUCAGACUUCCCGGUGGAUGUUGAUGGGGAACGUAUGGGGUCAUUAAUUUUGUGGAUAAGUUUACAACUUUAUUUUUAUUUUUGUUUUAUUUCCGGCUGCAUAUAAUAAUGGCAGAUUCGGAAUUUCGGUUUUCAUGAGAUGAUGAUCUGUUUGCUCCCAAGAAAAUUAUGAGACGUUUAUACCCAUAAAAUUGUACUACUUGAAACAUCCUCAUGUUGAAAGUAAAAAAUACUAUAUAUAUAUAUAUAUAUAUUUUUUGGGGGGAUCACAUUCCUCUGUUUCUUCCUUUCUUCUAUAA